AUGGGAAGCGCAGAUCAAGAAGAGUUUGAAAGAGAAUACAAAGAAAAACAACUUCAAAAUAGGGGAGGCAAUAAUAUAAUUCAAAAAAUGGAUAACCAACAAGAAAAUAAUGGAGGUCAACAACAACAACAACCAUAUUAUAAUAAGAAACAAGGAAACCAAAAGAUAGUUUGGGAACAAAUAAAACUUCCGCCAUUGAAUAUAACAAUAGAGAAAGUAUGGGAAGCUGUUAUUUUAAUGGAAGAUAUUCCAGAGCCCUUUAAUUUGGGAAAUGAGCUACCAUCAGGUAGACGAAGUAAGGAUUUCUGUACGUAUCAUCACUUUCAUGGGCACACAACGCAUAAUUGUAGAAAUGUGAGAAAGAUUAUACUACAAAUGAUAGAACAAGGAAAAUUAAAUCACUUCUUAGCACAACAUCAACAUAAUUUACCACCACCACCACUUGGAGGCAACACAUACAAUGCAGAGAAAGGAAAAAACACAUAUGUGAUUGAAGUGGAUGCGAAAUCCAAGAAUUUAUAUUGCAAUUCAAUUAUUCACUCUUUCAAAAACAUCGAAGCCUUUCAUGAUAAUAUCUUAAGUCGAGUGCAUGCGAGAGAUAAUGAUGGACGAGAGAUACUUAACCUUGCGAAGAUAUCGCCAUUAAAAGAUUGGCAAAAACAAGUCAUUUCGUUCAUCGCUGAAGAGACACCAAGAGGAGGAGAAUCACAUGAGAGUCCAUUAGUGGUAAGACUUGGCAUUAAUCCCAAAGAAAAAUUAGAAGACAAUGAUAAGGAGGAAGAAUAUGAUGCAAACGUAUGGGCAAUUGAUAGAAUACUUAUAGAUCCAGGAAGUUCGGUUGACAUCCUCUUUGAUCACACAUAUAACACCACGGGAGGAAAAGAUAACGAACUAAUUCCGUCCACUUAUAAGAUUUAUGGAUUCAAUGGUUCUGCUAAUAAGCCUAAAGGAGAGGUGACAAUGCGAAUUCCCUUGAAGAAUCUAUCUACAAAAAUCACAUUCUGCGUUGUUGAUAUAGAGUCCCCUUACAAUGCUUUGAUUGGAAGACCAUGGCUGCACGGUAUUUUGGGGGUAUCUUCGAUAUUUCAUAAAUGA